AUGAGUCGCCAGCACAGAAGAAAUAGAGAGGUGGUGGUCCUGCCGGACGAACUCAGAUGGGGACCCGCCCUUGUCGAGAGCGCAUGGGACCUGCCCGUAGGCCGUGAGUUUUUAUUUCAAAUCUAAAUUUUCCAAUUUUCGCCAAAAUUCAAAUUUCAAAACCGAUUUCUCAAGUUUUUGAGCCAAUUUUCAUUGAAUGUCUAAAUUUGCCAAUUCUUCACUAGAUUUUCCCCAAAAAUCAUCAAAUUUUGCAGCGGUGCUAACGCCGAUACAACACUACUUCAACCGGCAGAUCAACAAACUGGUCACCCCGGUGCAAGUGUCGCCCGAGCAGCGGGUCGUCCACGUGUGGGACUCGCGUCUGUGGCGCCUGUCGUUACCGGGACCGCUCGAGUGGACGGAUCCCGAGCAGCCGGACGAGCUCUUCCAGGACCGCUUCGUUCGCUCUGCCUACGUGAAGCACAUGAGCGCGCCGAGUAUGAUCCGCAACGAGCAGCGCUUUGAGCAGAUUGUGGAGCUUCUCAAAAAAGAGACUGCCAAAAUCCGGACGACCUCGUUUCUGAGGCAUUCGAUAGUGCGGCCGUUGGGACCGCGUGAGCUCCGUCGGAUUUGUCGCCGCGAAAUAGCCAACGAGCAGCUGCGACACCGACGAUACCAGGCCCUGAUCAACCCGGACACCCAUACGAGUUUGCUGUUUUUGGAGAAGCAAUACGAUGCGAAAAUGACGUGGCAUCUGAUCGAGGAGGCGCUGAAGUCGGAGGACAUCAACGAGGACGUGUGGUACUUUGCACCGUCCGGAUCGGAUUAUCAAAUACGGUUGGAAAACGGAAAAGAGCCCGAGAUGUUGUUCGAUCCAAGCGACACCGCCAGAGCAGUUGUGCACGAACAUCGGGCGGCGCCGACUGACAACUCGCUUGUCUUCUACGAGAAUCUGCUGAAAUGCAAACUGAAGUUGACGCGGAGACUGACGGAACUCGAGACGAGAUUGUUGGAAAAACGGACGGGACAGCUCGUCGAGGGACAACCACUCAGACUCCUCGAGUUCUACUAUCAGCAGGACAGAAAGCGGGCGCAGGAGAAAUUGUAAGGCUUUUUUCUAAAGUUUUUCCGAUUUUCGAGAAGAACUAUCGGAAAACAAUUUCAAACAAUUAUUUUUCUGCAGACGUUGCGUGGACGCGUUCUUCACUGACUCGCUGCUCGACAUGCAGAAGGUGUACGAGGAGGUGAUGCUGCACAUCAACUACGAGAUGCGGCCGAAGACGAUCGACGGAGUGAAGGUGACGCUCGUGCGUGAGUGCUUGAAGGACUUUACCGAAAGGGCGGUCCGCGAGAGCUACUACAACAUGCGCGUAUACUGCACGGACGACAAGGGCAACAUGAGCGACGCGAGCAAGCACAACGUCAAAAUCAAAACUGUUAGUUUUGGCAUUCAUUUUUCUACUUUUACUUUACAAAAUGUGCUGCAGAUGAUCGUCGACAUGUUCCCGAAACACUUCCACGACUUCGAAUCGCGUCGGUGGUUCCUGAAGAAGAUUCUGGACGCGAACAACAUCGAGGUGGAGAAGUACGAACCGUAUUUCGGUGGCGCCGAGUUCACGCGGGCGAAGGCGGCGGCGGCCAAAAAGAGAAACAUCAAGCGGAUCAUCGACUACGAGACCUACAAAGUCUGCCACAACGAAAGGAUUUACACGCCGAUGGGCAACAUUUUGUGGGACGAUAUGACGCUGGAACGGGGCGGAUGCGGCGCCAGGCACUUCUUCACAGCGGUCAUGAGCCGGCCCGAUGUGCCGUGGUUCACGAAGAGAAUAUCGAGGGGACCGGUGCGGGAACACGAGAGCUACACGAUCCACUUCCAGGACUCGGAGCAGGGCGUCGCGUUCAUCGAAGGAGCCAUCAAGGUGCACGAGACGGAGCCCAUCUUUCGGUGCGAUAAGGCCGACGAAGUUGGAGUUAGUUGAUCUUUUUUGUGAAUUUAAAAAACUGAAUAAUUUGCAGCCGGAGCUGGUGCCAAUCUUCCGUCUCUUCUUCCCGAUCCGCCGUCAGAUGCGCGCGGCUUUCGGCGAACAGAUCCGGGAGCUGGACAACCGCAUGCGGCACACGUUCCGCGAUCUCGCGGACAGUGAGGACGUGCUGAUGAGCACCUACGAAUCGGUCUUCUUCUUCGCGCGCAUCUAUGAAGAGUGGACGGACGGCGAGGAGUUCGGAGUGAUCGGAGUGGAGGGAUGGAAUCCGAAAGGAGUCCGUCAUUUUGUCAACCGUCUGCGCCACGUUAUGCGCGCCAUGGAAUUCGACGCCCGCACGGAGGACCACGUCGAAUUGCUGCACGGAAUCGGAGAGGUGUGGGUCAGACAUCUUCCGUGCAAAUACAAUGACGAGGUGAGCAAAUUUUCAACAAAAAAAAGUUGUAUAAGUGACAAGAAGAGGUCCAAUUCUUGAACGACAAAUAGCUAAUCUGAAUUUUUGGAAAAAAUUGCUAUUUUUCUAAAAAUUUUUGCUAAACUCAAAAUCUUCAGAUCCUGAUCGACGUGGACAAGAACCGUGAAGUGAUCAGCGUAUUCGGCGGCCGCGCGAACGAAGUGAUCGACGAGCUCCGUGGCUACAAGGAGAACAAGAGCAAAAUCCGCGUGGAGGUGGACAUUCCGAUAUGCUUCCCGCACUUCAACGACGCCGCGCUACCGCUGAUCCACGAGCACAUUGCCGAGAUGGCCGAUGCGUUGGGCGUGCGGCUGUUCGUCGACAUGCGGCGGAUGGCGAUCGAGUACGAGGGAACCGUCGCGGCCUACGAAAGGUUGACGCAGGCGCUCGCAGAAGUCUCCAACGCUGUCUUCAAGGCCGAAACGAAACGACUCGGCGAGAAUUUCGAACUUCCGAACAAACAUUGCAUAGGAUGUCUCGACGAGCGGAUCCAGGACAACUUCUUCCGAUUCGGCUGCGGACACACCAUGUGUCGCCCGUGCGUCUGGAACAUGGUCAGUUCGCGGAUGGACAACCCUUCCCUGCGGAUCGAGUGCUCAGCCGACGGAUGCGGAAAGUGUCUGACACCAUCUGAACUCAAAACGAUCGUCCUCGGCGGAAGUCGUCGGUUGCGCGAGCUCGACUCGCAGAAACUCGCUCGAGUGGCGGCUCGCGCCAAGGACACGGUGAUCGCGAUGAACGGGGACAUCGUGACGUGUCCGACGGCGGACUGCGUGGCCGUACGUCGUCCGAAUGCGGAGGCCGGUAAGAUGAAAUGCGGCACGUGCGACUCGAGGUACUGCGGAAUGUGUCUCGACGAUUGGCAUCCGGAGCAGACGUGCGCCGACUACAAGCGCCUCAAACAGCCGGAGGAAUCGAUCGCAGAGUUCCGUCGGAAUCUGCCGAAGAACGCGCUGAAGUGCUGUCCAAAGUGCGGACUCGGGGUGAUGCGCUCGGACGGAUGCUUCCACAUGCAGUGCCCGUGCGGAGCCCACUUCUGCUGGGUCUGUCUCUUCAUGGCCGAGAACUCCAAUUAUGUGUACGAACACAUGCGAAGAGUGCACAAAACCAUCGGUGGAGAGCAGUGGCUCAUCGAACAUGUUAGUUUUGCAUUUUGACCAAGGCUGAGAUUUAACGUUCAUAGACCCUGACGAACAUUUUAGGCAAAUUUUAACAUUUUCGUGUUUUCCUUACGAUAACAGAACGUUUCACGAAUUUUACGGUGUUUACAGGAGUUCCAGUCUGUUAAUUUCACGCACUUUUGACGAAAACCUUGGCAGACCUGGCAAAAAUUGAUUUUUUCAGGGCGAAGCGAUCGUAAUCCCAGAAGCGGAUCAAGAGGUGCUCGGACCGGUGCGCGACAACAUCAGGCAGGAUCCAGACGUCGAUGUGUUUAUCGAUGUGAUGGACCGCGAAGUUCCGGCGCAGCCGCAAAUCGCUCCGCCCGCUGGGAUGAUUCCUCGACCGCCCGGACUCCCCGAGCCGCCACGUGGACUUUUCGGAGCCGCCCGGAAUUUUCCCGAAAACCCGGGGCCCGCACCACCGCCGGCCGACCGAUUUCCCGGUGAGGGAAGACAGUUGGGACACGUGCGGCACACACUUUUCGGACCAAUCCCGCAAGGACCCGCUCCACGCAGAUGGAUCGACGAAUUGCCGCGCGAGUUGCUCCGCAUGAACGAGAUGUUCUUUGCGGAUCUGCAAGUGCAGGAGGAUGCGUUGAACUUUGUGAACUUGGCCCCGACUGCGGAAGCGUUCAACGAACGGAUAGCGAGGUGCUGGCAGUUGGCCGAGGAAGCCGCGCCAUAG